AUGGAUUUACCACCAGAGUUGAUCAGCAAGAUCAGCACAUAUAUCGCGACCAGCGAUGUACUUCGUCUUGGGUAUACUUGUAAGGCCAACUAUGACCUUCUUCUACCCCAGAUUUACUCAUCGGUCACUAUUGAUUCGUCGCGUCUACCAUAUGGAACUGAAGACUUAAAGUCGACGAGGUCCACCACCAUCAAGUCUCUUUAUUCUUUUACGCUAUUUAUGAAGAAUUUGUACCUGAACCAAAAAUAUUGUUCAUACGUUCGGGUUCUUCAGUUCAUGGACGAAAUUCCCGAUCUUCCGGAACUUGAACUUUUUCACUUCCUUGAAAAGAUAUUCCCAAACCUUUCGAAUUUGGAGCAACUCAAGUGGUUCACUAUUCAAAUGUACUUAUCUUGUGAACUUCUUUCAAAAGUGCCAAAUUUGGUGAACAUGAAAUCAGUAGUUGGAAAUUUCAAGAGUUUUGAAAAGGUCAAUUUAUUUGCCGGUGACAACCAUGUGUAUCGUCUAGAAGAGCUACUGGUCUCUGGAUUUGGCCAGCACACAAAUCUAGCAAAACUUGCAUUGCCUAGGUUUGUGAAUCUCAGCUCGCUCACCUUGUCAAGAAACAGUCUGACAAGUGCCUUGAAGAAUAGUGAACAUGCAAGCUCUGUUUCAAACUUUAUUGAGCUUCCGGAUCCAUAUGUUGACGAAGCAAAUUAUAUUGCACAGUUUUCGGCAUUUCCUUUGCUGCAAUCGAUCACGGAAUUGGUCUUGAAAGAUAUGUGCAUAUGUGCCAAUGAUGCCAAUCGGUUGUCAAAAACUAUUGAUCUCAAUCAAAUCAAGACGCUCAAGCUCCUCAAUUGCACGGAAAAGGUUCAGGGCGUGGACUAUUUCCUUGACGUUUUGCAGCCAAAAAUGGUUAACCUUCACACUCUUAGUCUUGGUCUCAGUAAUGAAGCCAACGCUAAUGAUUCAGCAAUUCGCUUUAUCAAAUACUUACCCAGUAAGCUUCGAAAGCUUGAAUUGCAAGUCCGUUGGUCUUCUCUACACCGGGAACCCGAAUUACGUGAGACAGUGAAUGCUAUCACGGCUCAUCGUGGAACGUUGACAUAUCUAGAUUUUGACUUUGAGUCAGUUCACCAAAAUAAAGAUGGCUGUUACAGGUAUGCCAGCCAACUCCAAAAGUUAUCGCAGCUCCACAAUUUGAAGUUUCUUCGUGUUCCCGUUAAUCAGUAUGAGAUUCCUGAACUUAUAAGAGUGGUCAAUAAUUUGCAACGGUUGCAAUUUUUGCAAUUGGCACUAAAAGAUUUCAAAACUCCCAUCAUCAAUAAUAACACUCUCAUUAGCCAAGAAUACUUUGAUUACCCCAACUCAGUCACCCUCAACUACCACAAUACCAUUGUGGACCAGCUUGCCAACUUUUGUCGUGAUUUCAAGACAUUUUUAACCACUUUGAGGUACCUAGUAUUUGAAGCGUCCGAAACGUAUUUCUUCAACUGUUACCGCCAUAUAGUGCAAGAAAGAGGGUUAGAACUGGUAUUUGGAGAAAUGGUUAAAAGAGAAACUGCGUGA